GCAAAGCGUGAGACUGCCUACGGGGAGAAGCCGGAGGCAGUGAAGACACACCUGAGAAACAUGGUCAUCGUGCCAGAGAUGAUCGGGAGCGUGGUUGGCGUUUACAACGGCAAGCAGUACAUCAACGUGGAGAUCAAGCCAGAGAUGAUCGGACACUACUUGGGAGAGUUUUCGAUUACCUACAAACCGAUCAAGCACGGCCGCGCGAAGGCGGUAAAAGGCCGGCACGAGUCGGGGUGCUGGUAUGGUCUGGUGCUACCACGGACUUUGCUUUUGCUUGAUGUUUGGUUUCUCAGCGUGUUGGUCCUCGGAAGGCUGAAAGCGCAUGCAGAAGUAUCGGAUGGAUUCGUGUUGUUACCAUCCUUGGUGGAGACUGAAGCCUCCACGAGCUCACCUCAGCCUCAGAUGCCACGAUUGGACCUCCUUUCCAUGGGAUCAGAUUCCCAGAAAAUCGGUGACCUCGAAACAUGGGUGAUGUCUAUGGUUGGGAAAGUGGAAAUGGACAAUGCUACCGUCGGAUUCAUUGAUCAAAUCCGACAGAUGGUGGAAGACAUGAUACCCCAGGUAUUGAACCGGAGUGCAGCUUCGGUCCAGGAGUUGAGGCGUCUACUCGAGGCCUUCACGCAUUGCCGUUUGGAAAAAGUACUCCAAGAGGACCUGGCAGAGCUGCAAGAACGCCACUUGUACUGCAGGGGGAACGAGAGCCGCCAGGCAAUCGCAACUGCAGAGGUCAAACAGUCGGAAUGCACCAAGUUCGUGGCGAUAGACCAAAUCCCGUCCCAUGAUGAGUGCGGAGUGCCGCAACAUCCUGACACGAUGCGAUACUAUGCAGAGGCAUUGAGAAACAAGUUCAAAGACAAAUAUGACGAGUGGGUUCGAAGGAGAGAAAGCUGUGAUACGGCUGCCAACAGCACGGAGUCGCUUCGACUCAGGAAAGCUGCUUUGGAGGAGCAACAGCAGCAACUACGAGCCAUUUGCAAUUCGCUUCAGGACGAGCUGGAUCAUCGCAUUUGUGGAGGAAAGGUUGCUGCAGAAAGGCGCUGCCACAGCUACGAGGAGUGCUAUGAGCGAGCCCGGGCAAACUUCCUGGAGCAGAACAAGACAGUGGCAGCUUUGGAGAAAGAAAUGAAGCAGGAAUAUCGCGCAUUGAAGCGGAUCAUUUGCAUCCUCAAAGCCUUCGAAGGCGGUGUUGAAGAGAAGGAGCUGGAAGUGUGCAGAUCGAGAACUGUGAACCUUGAUCCUGUGGGCAUCGACUGGACUCCAUUCAAGAUUCUGCCGCCGCAGACUACGUGUUCUGCAAGAAAGUUGUGGCCGUGGCCCAAUGCUUCGUCCGCGGAGUAUGCCGCCGAUGUGUACGGGUCAGUUCCCACCGACGUGGCGCUUAAAGAAUGUAGCGCUGUACCCUGCUGCCAGACGGUGUACAGUUGA